AUGAGGAAAACCAAUGAAAUUCAGACGGAGAAGGAAGCUGGCAUGGUGAUGGGAACGAACGGAAGCAGUAUCGUUUCGAAGCGCAGUGUCGAGCGGAUAUACUACAAGGAGCCUCAUUUCUUUCGGCAUUUUGUCAAGUCCUCCCCACGACGAGCACCCUUGGUAAACCGAGGAUAUUGGCUGCGGAUGUAUGCCAUAAAGCAUACGGUUACGGAAUUCCUCGAAGAGGUCACAGGCCGCCCAAAACUGGUUAUAAAUUUUGGCUGUGGAUUGGACCCAUUGGUUUUCCAACUACUUUCGCAAAGACCAGGCCUGUGCAGAGAUACCAUAUUUGUUGAUAUUGAUCAUCGCAAGAUGAUGUUAGAAAAAUGGGAGGCCAUACAAAGCAGCCCUGAACUCAAGGAACUUAUCCCCGACGCAAUUUUGUCAAGCGGCGGCGGCCCUCUUAUCUGUGCUAGACAGUACAUCGGAAUUGGAUGCGAUCUUGGAAAUCUUUCAGAAUUGGAACGAACACUGAAACCUGCAGUGGAUACAUCUGAAUUCUCCAUACUAUGCAUAGCCGAGGUGGCUCUAACUUAUAUGGCAGUCAAAGCAGCUGAUGCAUUAAUAUCAUGGGCAGCAAGAUUGAGUGAUGAUACCCAGUUUGGUCUGUUGGAGCAAUUCUUCCCAGACGGGCCCGAACAUCCAUUUGCAAGGACAAUGAUAGCACAUUUCACCAAAUGGCGUGCUCCGCUUCAAUCAAUUCAUAUCUAUCCCACUUUAGUCGAACAAGAGCAGCGAUUCCUCAACGCAGGCUGGGAGCAAGCAAAGGCUAGAAGCUUGUGGGAAGCUUGGAGUGACCCCACCUUCAUAAGUGCUGAAACAAGACUAUCCCUGGAUAAAUCUGAAGCCUUUGACGAGUGGGAAGAGAUUGCUUUGUUUGCUUCACAUUACUUCUGGCUCAGAGCUAGUACGCGGGCAACAGCUGGGAAUAGCAAUGACGAAGCAAUAGCUAACACAACCACGGCACCCCCAGAUCCCCAAAUCCGCAUGACCACGAAUUUUCAGGCAGAUUUAAUCAAUCACAAACGAUUUGGGGCCUUAUUUUCUUUUGGUGGCCAAAUUGGUUUUCAUGCGGGGCUAGGACAACAAGCUCGGCUCUCAUCUACAGAUGUAUAUUUGCAAUCUGAUACCAUGCAUGCUCCAGUAAAAAGCGUGCCGCCAGAGUCACUUCCGGCACGGGAACGUCCCCCGUCAAAGGCCUUGGAGGAUACCUGGUUAAUGGACGGAGGUAUCUGGCGACAAUCAUGCCCCUUUCCAACAGCAUCCUUUCGACAUUCUGCAACCGCUGUUAUACUUCCCAGUGGCGAAGAAGGUGUCCUUGUCUACGGUGGAAAAGUUGUCCAAUGGCACUGUGACCGGGCAAUUUUCUCUGUGGAGAAACAUCAGUGGCAUAGAAACUUGGACUGUGUUGUCGAAAAGUGGAGGAUCCUGCAUGCCGCGCUUCGGGGGAGAGGAGUUCUUACUGGAGGAAUGUCGCAGGAUGGGUUAGUGUUGGAUGACUUUUGGACAUGGCAGAUAUCCACAGAUGAUACUGGAGAUAUAUCAAUCCACCUAAUCGAUCAAAAAGGGCGAUUCGAGACCUCACACCCGCAAAUAUCCAAGUGGGUUGGUCGUUUCGGCGCCACAGCGCAUCGACUUGAAGAUAAGCUUGUUCUCAUCGGAGGCAUUGCUGUUGGCGGGUGUAUACCACAUGGGUAUGAAAUCAUAACCCUAGACCUGAGCAUCUUUGAUUACGACGAUGCCAAAAAAUUGCCUAUACAGAUGGUCGCGAGAUCAUCUCCCACCCAUGCACGACCACUCUUGGUUGGCCACAGUUCCAUCCCUGUUGGUGGAGGCAGUGUCCUAAUCGCAGGUGGAGGAGCAGUAUGCUUUGCUUUUGGCACAUACUGGAACAAUGGCACCUGGCUGUUAAAUGCUGAAGGUUCAUGUAGCAGAAAUAAUGAAUGGCGAAUGCUUCAGCCAUAG